CAACAUCAUUUUAUUACUUUAGCUUGCAAUAAUCCUUGAGGAGCAUACACGAUUACACUCUAUCAAGAAAAAAAUGGCAUCAACAACAACCCAAUCUGAGGAGGAAGUGAGUGUCGAAUUGAGCAGCCAAGAGAACGCGGUUAUAGAUGAGAUGAUCAAGGACGCGAAGAACUCGUGUCUCUCGGAGGAAAUAGUAAACAAGUGUCGUGCCAUGAUUGUUGAAAAUGGAGAACAAAACACGACCGUGGUUGGUGGCAUAUCUCCAGUGAUCGCGUUAGGAGGCACCUUAAAGAAUCAGACAAGAGGAACCUUAACCGUUCUUGAUUCGAAGCUAUGGGCAGGGAUCAUUGUGAAAAAAUAUCCAGAUCCUCUAGAUAGAAUUGGCCUAUUUGCGCAAGGUUGCGCAUGGUUUAAGGGAAUUAAGGCGGCAGUGGUGUAUACCGGCGAAAAUAGUGCUGGUGUUGAAUGUGGUUGGCUUCUUGCUUGGGCUGACUCUAAGACCAAGGGAAGGAGGAUUUACGCCAAGUGUGGCCGUAAAAGCGAAUUCGAGUGUAUCGAUUGGGAACAUAUUAAAGAAAAAUUGAAGAAAGCUUUUCCAGUAGUUAGGGCUCAUGACAGCUCCACUGGAACCUCAGUGUAUGGUACAAUAAUUGGCGUGGAGUCAGCAGUAUCAACUGAAGAUGCAGUUCUUGGAGUUUUCACUGGUUAAAUUCACAAGUUCUUUGCUAUGAACAACAUAAUAUGCCGUUGAUCCGGACAAUACUGCUUAUUACCCUGUUAUUUCACUGUUUAUGUUAUUAUUUAUUUUAUGUGUCAGAGUUAUGAGGGGUAUUCUUAUGUUACGUUCCUUGUAAAAAAAUGUAAGCGUCGUCUAUCGUAUCUACCUUGUAUUUGUUGGUUUCUAUACUCUUAAUCAAAUAAAAAAUGCCCCCCUUGAGUUUUUCCUACAUGAUGCUCUUUGUAGUGUUUACUCAUAAUUAUGAGUUACUCGAUCUAAUCUGUAUGUUGCUAAAAUAAGGUUAUAAAUAGAUAAAAAUUUGAUUUGAUCUGAUUUUCAAAAUAAAGCUUCUUAUUUCAUAAUUAUACCAAUUAUAUUAUCCCAAAAAAAAGAUGAUCUAUAGACAAAUUAUGGAACAAAAAAUAAUAAUUGAACACUAAGUGGAGUCGGGUUUCAAAAAAAAAAAAAGUGGAGUCGAACCUACAGGAGC